CUUGUACUUUAGAAUUAAAAAGUUCCUUAAAAGCUACUGUACUAUAUAGUGGCUUUUCCUUUAGCCUCUUCUUCAUUCAGAGAGAGAGAGAGAGAGAGAGAAAGAUGGAAAAGCUAUCAGGGUUAAGCCACCUCUUGAUGACAGUGUUCCUCUACAACUUCUCAACAUUCAUGGUGAUUCCAGCCAUAACUGAUGUUACUAUGUCUGCACUUUGUCCUGGACAAAAUGAGUGCUCUCUAGCCAUCUACCUUACUGGAAUUCAACAAGCGAUAAUGGGAAUGGGAACGUUGGUGAUGAUGCCUCUGAUAGGAAAUCUCUCCGACACUUAUGGAAGGAAAGCUAUGCUCACUCUUCCCAUGAUUCUCACUAUUAUACCCCUAGCCAUUUUGGCCUAUAACAGAACAAAGAACUACUACUAUGCUUAUUAUGUGCUAAAGACUCUCACAGCCAUGGUCUGUGAAGGAAGUGUCCACUGCCUUGCUCUUGCAUAUGUUGCAGAUAACGUACCGGAGAGUCGACGGGUAUCAGUAUUCGGAAUACUUACGGGGAUCGGAUCCUCUGCUUUCGUCUGUGGAAACCUCUCUACUCGCUUCCUCUCCCCUGCUUCCACCUUCCAAGUAUCUGCAUCGGUAGCUGUGAUUGCGACAGUGUACAUGAGAAUUUUCCUUCCGGAAUCCAUUAAUGUUGUUGUUGAGAAUGGCGUUUCUACUGAAGCAAAUGUUGGACUGUUGGAUGAAGAUAAAGGUUCCAAAAAGAAUGUCAGGAUAUUCAAGACAAUGCCUUCCUUUGAUGAUACUGUCUGCUUGUUAAGGAGCAGCUUGACAUUUUCACAAGCAGCUAUUGUUGCUUUCUUUAGCAACCUCGGGGAUGUUGGCCUUCAUGCUGCAUUACUGUACUAUUUAAAGGCCAGUUUUCAUUUUAACAAAAACCAGUUUGCUGAUUUAAUGGUGAUUACGGGGAUUGCAGGUACCAUAUCCCAGAUGCUUCUCAUGCCCAUGUUGGCUACUGCCGUCGGAGAGGAGAAGCUGCUUUCAAUAGGGCUCUUUUUCAACUGUGCACAUAUGAUUCUUUACAGCAUUGCAUGGUCCGCCUGGGUUCCUUAUGCUGCCGCUAUGUUCGCUCUUCUGUCUGUAUUUUCAACGCCUUGUUUGCGGAGCAUUGCAUCCAAGCAAGUUGGGCCCAGUGAGCAGGGUAAGGCUCAAGGUUGCAUUUCUGGCUUAGGUUCCUUUGCCAAUGUUGUUUCUCCCUUGGUUUUCAGUCCUUUAACAGCUUUAUUCCUGUCUGCAAGUCCACCCUUUCAUUUCCCUGGUUUCAGUAUUGCGUGUGCUGGAUUUGCUCUGAUGAUCGCGUUUGCUCAGAGCAUCAUGAUAAGGGCAGCUCCUCCUAUUAUUUCAAGUUUCAAAGUUGGCAAUGGUAUCUGCGUGGAGCCCUAAUUUUAAUUAAGGCACAUGGAUGCUGGAAUCAGAAUUUUUUUUUCCUCUUUGGCAUCGCGCUACAUUCCAUUGUCAUUGAAGAUAGCUACAGAGCUGGAAGUUUGAUAUUGCCGAAGUAAGCUGUCACUCUAACACAUGCUGCUUAGAAUGGUCAGUUUCAUCAUUAAAAGUAUUCUGUUCAAUAUGGCAGAGUGGCUGAAGUUUGCCUUACACCGAAAUGAAGUGAUUUGGAAGCAUUUGGUACCAUCGCUUUGCAUUUAAUAUAAUUAUUAUUCGAUGAUUGUAAUGAUUCUUUGUACGUUAGAAUCUCAAUGCAUGUAAUGACUCCAAAGUAGAGAUUUUCUUGAUAUCAGCUUAAUGAAAAUCUGGUUUUGAAUAUGAA